AAGGAUGCUAUUUGCAACAGUUUUCGCAUUCUUUAUCAUCCUCAACAUGAUAACUGAUAUUGUUAGGGUAUUUUAAUUUAUUUCAGCCACUAUAAAUCAGGAUUUCAGAAAAAGUGCUUGUAUAGAAAUAAUAAAAUACACAAUUUGUAAUUUUUCACCUUCCAUUUUAAACUAUUUAUCAGAUUAAGGAAAGAGGUUGCAGGCAUGCCGCCUUCGUUAGUCAGUGGGCAUUUGCCAACGACCAAGUUAACCAACGUUAGCAUCCUAUCGAUUGCUCUAAAUGCAACAUAUUUUGCCUUUCUGAUCCAUUCUGGCAAACUGUACGACAUCGGCAAAUGGUCCUCACAUUCGAUCCUGCUGUUGCCUGGGAUCGAGUUGCUCAAACAUUACUACGUUACAAAAGUUUUGCAACUCGGAGGCUGGAACUUUGGAUAUGGUCAGGAGGCAGGAGUGUCCAUAUCACAGAAACCGACGAGUAGAUACCGAUGGAAAUGGAUUGACCUGGUGCUCCAAAUAGGCGGGAUAUUGUUUGUGCUGAUGCUGUCCAUAGUCUUUUUUGGAUUUAUCUGCCUGAUUUUGGGAGCUCCACUCGAUCAAUACGAAGAAACGGUUUCCCUGGCAGCCACGUUAACUACAUUGACUAUCUUCCCUAUUAUCCUGUUCAUUGGUCACUCAGACACACUGCAAUUGUUAUUCACGGAAACUUUCAAGUUGCGAAAUUUUAUUGCAAACUCUUAUUUAGCGCUGCUCAAGAAUAAUUUUAUAGCAGUUAUCCUGGGAGCUUGGGGAGCCUCUGUUGUUGCUCCACUAGAUUGGGAUCGUCCUUGGCAGGUGUAUCCGGUGCCAAAUAUAGUCGGUGCCGUUGCGGGCGCUUUUGGCAUGAGUGUAUUUACGCUACUCAGUACCGGCUAUAUUGCGAUUCGCAAAAGUGGUGAAAAUAAGAGAAUUGUGUAGGUUGUUAGUGGCACAGCGAUGAACAUAAUUAUUUUCAAUCUAGUCAACUGACUAUUAUCUAAGUUCUUAAUAUUAUUUUAAGGAUACUACUUUGACGCAGAUGUUCGUAUUACUAAGUCUUAUUAAGCAGUUUUCUAAGGAUACACCUUUGCUGGAAUAUCUUUCGUCAAAAUGAAUUGAAAAGUUUGUAUUUUACUAAUUGGAAUUAAACGGCUGUAAGGUAUUUAUAUACAUAA